AUCCGCAUCAGAUUUCUUGCAGUAAAAAGGACAGGGGUGCGCACUACUGAGUGUGUGUGAGAGAGUGAGUAAGGCAGACAGCAGAGAGUGAAGGAGUUGUACAGACCUGCGACGGACUGACGAGACAUCGCAAAAAUAUUAAAGCGACGCUACUUGAAAUAAAAGCAACUAUGGAAAGAACGAUGUUGGGACGCUGCAGGUUUUGGACCUUAAUUGCUUUAACACUGCAAGUGUGUUUGGCUGAGGUCAAAGUCACGGUGACCCCAAAGGUGGAGGUGAUUAAAGGAGAGACUGCCAAGCUGCCGUGCACAUACACCACCACUGCAUCUGCCUCCACUGUUGUUACUCAGUGGUUCAUUGAGGUUGCAGGUGUAAGGAAGCAGAUAGCUUACAAGAGUGACCACAGUUUUGGCGUUGAUGCUAACACACCGUUGACAGAUCGGUUAGUCUUGGGAGAUGACUUGUCCAUCACCAUUUCCCCAGUCAUGGUGGAUGAUGAGAGGAGCUUUUACUGCCAAGUUAUCGCGGGAUCUACGGGGGUCUCUGAGGCUGAAACCGUGGUCAAGGUUUUCUAUGCUCCAGAGAAGCCUGUGAUAUCUGGCAAUGACCAGUCUAUCGCUCUCUUUGAGGGAGUAACCUCCUCCUCUGAGGUUGGAAGGUGCACCAGUAGGAACGCACACCCUCAGCCUCGUUUAAUCUGGUUCAAGGAUGGCACACCUAUGCCUGAAGUAAAGGACGUUAAGGAGAAAACAUACAUGAUAGCUGGUGUAGUGAAGGAAGCCUCAGGCCUGUACACUGUGACCAGCACACUGUUCAUGCGGCCAGAAAAAGCAGAUGCUAAAUCAGUUUUCCAUUGCACUGUGGAGUACAGCAUGCCAAACAAACAGAUCAAACAGGAAAGCUCUGAUACAUUCAACCUCACGUUGCUUUAUUCAGCGGAAAAUGUGUUUUUUAAAAUUAUGAAUCAUGGGCCGAUCAAAGAGGGGGAUGAUGUGCAUAUGAUCUGUGAGACUGAUGGAAACCCUCAGCCAAACUUUAUUUUUUCUGAAGAGGAGAACCAAUUGACAGGGUCAGCAGGUAGUUUGAUGUUGAAGAGUGUGACCCGCGAGGACGCUGGAACUUAUAAGUGUGAAGCUGAGGAUUUUGAUGCUGGACCCGACGUUAUACUUGAAAAGACUUUGAACGUUAAUGUGCAUUAUCUUGACCCUGUGGUUGUAGCUCCAGAAGGUCCUUUGAAUGUUUCUCAGGGAAAUGCUGUGGAGCUUCAAUGUAAGACCAAGUCCUCGGACAGUUACACCCUGCAGUGGAAAAGGGGCUCAAAGGUGCUGUCGCAGAACGGUGUGUUGACUCUCCAGUCAGUGACUCUCUCUGACGCUGGUCUGUAUUUAUGUGUGGGAGCUGUACCCACUGUGCCAGGUCUCGAAAAGCAAGCCAAUGUCACCAUUACCGUCCAAGGUAAACCUGAGAUUGAGGCUCCAGUGAAUGGUAUGGUUGCUAAAGAGGGGAACUUAGUCACUCUCAACUGCUCCGCUCUUGGUUAUCCUGCUCCACAGUUCACCUGGAAACCCUCUGGCAAAGAGUCUGUAACAGUAAUGGGGAAUAAGUUCAUCAGCACUAUCACACUUAAAGCCACAUCUGCAGUUCUGAACGACGGUGUCACAUGCGAAGCAUCCAACGUGCAUGGAAAAGACAGCAAGAAAUUUACGGUGUCCAUCAAAGAGCAAGCUACAGCAGCAGAUGCCAAUGCCGCUAACCGAGGAAACCCCGUGUUUAAAACAGCCGAAACACAGCAGGCGGGUUCAAGCGUGGUCGUGAUCGCGGUGGUGGUGUGCGUUCUGCUGCUGCUUAUAUUGGUGGCUGUGAUCUUCUUCCUGAAUAAGAAAGGCAAGCUAAGCUGUGGAAAGAAGGACAAGAAGGACGUGCCUUCUGGUGACAUGAAAGGUGAUAUUGUGGUGGAGAUGAAGUCCGGCGAUAAAGGCAACGAGGAGGCCGGUCUGCUUAACAAACCUCAUGCAGAUCAGUGAUAAAGACAGAGAAGAACUCAAGAGGAGAUGAAGUGUUGGAAUUUAAGCGCUGUUUUCUCUUCAUGAGAAUUAAGCCUGAUGGAGAAGAGAGAAGAUACAUUUUUAGUUGUACAGUUUUCUUUUGGGUUGGGAAAGAAUGGGCGUUAUUUUGAUGAAUCUGGGGGGGGGGGUGUGGGUGGUUGUAGGGGCAACAAAUGUAAAUCUGGCAUUAUUUUGAUAAGGGUGUCUACUGUAUCAUGAUUAUAGCAGGUCAAUCUUUGUCCAUUCAGAAUGUCUGGGUAGUAGAUCUCUUUAUGGAAUAAUGCAGUUCAGUGCUACACAAGCAGUGUCAAUUUUGCUUAAAGGAAAACACCACCGUUUUUCAAUUUUUACUACGUUCUUACCUCAACUUAAACAAAUUAAUACAUACCUAUCUUUUUUUCA